UAAAUCACUAUUGUAGCAUUUUAGUAGGAAGUAGUGUUGAGAUAAGCCUUAUUUUUUCAAUACUAUUUUAUGAAAAGUCAUCUUGAGGUUUGCCUCAUUAAAACCACAGUAAACAAUACUUUGGAUAACAACGUUUCUAACCGCAAGAACCAAAAUAAAUCUAGAAGAGUAAUUUUUGAAGUCAUUAAAGAGAAAGGCGAGUAAUGAAUUGUUCAAAAAUUGAUGGAUCAAAAGGAUAAUUUCUCGACUCCUCUACGAGGUACAGGUCUUGCUGAAUGUGUAACGGCUAGUGAUUUCAAUCAACAUCACUAUCUUACAAAGAAAGACUUGCCAAAGUUACUUUUAUACUGGUACAAGGUCAUUUUGUUAAAGAUUAAAAUCCUGGCACAGACUUAGAGAUAGCUGAGUCAGGAUAUGCUAAUCUCUUUCAGUUAAACGUUUGGCAAGAGUUGUAGGAACAAGUCCUAGGCAUUUAUUAAACCUAUAGAGGGUGAUCUCCAAACUCUCAAGGAUAAGUAACUUCACUUAAUUCUGAAGUCUAAGUGGCUACAUCCAAAAAUGACGAAAGUGGUGGCUGUGGCCAUCUCCCAUCAACAAAAGAAAAUCGUGCCAAACCAGAGAGAAUUUUAUCAGACAAAGAAUUAAGAGUAUAACAAGGGGUCAUUUUGUAGAUAACAAAGGGAUUAAUCUAAGGAUUAAGGUACAAAGUUCCAAAAAUGGCUGAAGAUCCAAGAGAAGGAACAAGACAGCACGAAACAGUGCAAAUAAGCCAAGGAUAAAAGUAUGCAAUUUCUCUUGCGAUUUUAAUAUCAGAAGGAAGCCAAUCAGUUAACUAGAAAAAUGUGCAUCAUGCUUUUAAUUAAUAAACAUUAAAAACCGAGAGCUUUCCAGUAUAUUCAAAUUUAUUUCAUAACCGUGUAACAGGGAAUAGCUUUUAUUAUAAGAGAAAUUAGGUUCUCACAAAGUCAGAAAAGUCUCAACCUUAAUAGCUCAAAUUUCUGAUAAAUCAGCAUCAUAUUUCUCAAAGAGAAGGAAUCAGUUGAAAAAUGAGAGUCUGUAAGAGACUUCUUUUUCUCUGAUAAGUCAGUAUUCAAGAAAGGGAGGCGAUUGAAGGAUCUGCAGAAGAUGAUUUAGAUAAGUUGUGAAGUUAAAGAAUGUUCCAUUUUCA